AGAGGGUUUAUUACUGCAAGCAACACUGCAGUUCUGUGGUUAAUGGUUGUUUUAUGUGCUAUAUCUGUUCAGAUCAGAUGCCGUGCUACAAAAUUUGUGGUGAUCAGUAGAUAAAACUAAGACAUUUUUUUCUUUUAACAUUUGUUAGUGUUACCACAGUGGCACAUUCAUUUCAGUUUGCUUCUUUUUUUAUUUUACUUAAAUGUCUUCAUUUGUAAGUUACUGUAUUUCAAAACUUUUCUUAUUAUAAAAUGUCCUGAGAAGCAGAGGUCCUCCCAUCAGUCUCAGCUAAAUUUUGCAUUAGCACUGAAAAUGGAAAUGGACAAAGUUUCUGUUGUGAAUGGGGUCUGACUCACUUGAAUAACAAGUCACCCGGUGGUGACCCUGUGAACCGAUUUGGCUCCAAUUACCGGUACUCUGAUUAUUAGCACCAGCCUUCAGAAGGAAAACAUGGCCUACUGACUCACAAAACUGAAAAUAAAAUAAGAAAAAAAAAAAACUAAAGAAAAAACACUUUGCCCAGUUUUGCAAAAUCAGUCUGCAAUUAAGUUCUGCGAUUUUUACUCACAUUUUUCAUUGAGGACUGAACCAAAAAUUUUGAAUCACUUUCUUUAGAUGUGUGCUCCCAUCCUUGAGCAAGAAAUUAGUUUAAAAUUUUCUUUAAUGCCACGUUUGAUACUCUGAUAGGAGACAACGUUCACAGACGCUUCAGGCUGCAGCCACCGUGUUGGAACAUGCCCCCGCCAACGUUCAACGGAAAAAAAAAAAAAAAAAAAACUGCCAAGAGAUAAUCACUGAAGCAUGACCCACAGAUUCAUGAUCAGUAAUUCACCGCACAGUGUGGCUAAGGAUCCGGCAUCAGCUGGUUUUAAGAAUCACUUCUCCCCUGAAAAACAGAAGGAGUUCACAGUUUUGGAGUGGACUCCCCCAUGAGGGUGAGGGUAACACACCUGAGCGAGCGGAACCUUUUGCUUAACUUUUUAGGAAGAGGCCAUUCUUCAUCCAAGUUUGCUCUGCCUUCUGCUCACUUCUUUUUGGCGUGCAUACCUAACUGGCGGGAAUGCAGUUGUGCUGCAGCUGAGAAACAGUCAGACUUGUGGCUACAAGCACACGGCUUAUUGCAUCACAUCCAAGUGAGUUAUCUGAGUGACUUUGUGGGUGUGUAUGGGACUUUUUUUUUCAGAAACCUUAAGUCAGAUCAGGAAGUGCAAUGUUGUGACAGUGCAGGAAGACGUUGGUGCAUAAUGCCACCAUUUCUGGGUCUUUAACUUGUAAAAUGAGAGACGCUUGGGUCAACACCCCUCUGCUGCUGCUGCUGCUGCUGCUGGCCAGUCUGACCAGAACAGCAAUUUCCCAAGACAAUGAAGGUGCUGAAAACACUGAAGACACUGAAAAUACUGAAAAUGAUGAAAAUGUUGAAAAGGCUGAAGAGGUUUCAGACUUAGCUUCAGACAACACGCAAGAUGAUUCACAACCAGACAACACAGAAGAAGAGCCAAAUACAACGCAAGAAAAUGGAGGUGAUCUAGCAACACAAUCAGAGACAGAAAUAACCACGGAAAGUACUGCUGUGCAAGAUGACCUGGCAGAAAGCACAGAAAAUCUGCCAGAUGAUGCAAGUACAAGAAGUCCCACCACUUUAGAUGAAGCCAGUUCAAGUGCAACUGAGGGGAGUGCAGAGGAUCCUUUAUCAGAAGAAGCUCCAGUAACAUAUGAUCUGGACUAUGUAUCUUCAGAUUCUUCGACAGAGGAGCCUGGAGACUCAACCCUCAUGCUCAUCCUGAUUCCUGUGGUGAUAGUAACUCUCAUCUGCAUGGUAGUUUGUGGUUAUUUCAUCAUUCGCAAGUGGAAACAGAACGCCACAAAAAGAGCGUCAGUUAAAGAAGAUCCAUUUUUGGACGAACCCAGCACAGAGAAGGUGCCGAUGCCCAUGUUCGAGGAGGACGUGCCUUCUGUACUUGAACUAGAAAUGGAAGAUUUUGACCAGUGGAUAACAAAAGAUUGUUAAAGGACACUCUGGUUUGCACGGACCCACAAUGACAGACAGACUGUUGAGGCUUUGACCUUUCACCGCAUUGGCAAACUGAGAGGUGUACCUCCUGACUGUCUUCCCUGGAAAGCAACAAGCAGCGGCUCAACAGAUAAAUAUGGUUCCCUUUGGUUUUUGCUCUUCUUCAAGCAUGGUUGCCGUCAGCUUUUGCAAAUGGAAACAUGAAGUGUUGCAGCAAGACGUUUAGGAAACUCAAUUAGUUCCAUUUGAACCUUUACACCACAUAGCUUCACAGGAGGCAACAAUUAUAUUUCUGAGUGAAUCAAAAAUUUGCAAAGUAAACAUUAAUGUCCAGGUAUUGGGUACAAAAAGUGAAAGCAUGAUAUUUUUAUUUAUCAUUUUCUGACUGCCUUUUUCUUUUUCAUGGUCUACAUUCAUGCCGUCUCAGGUUCAAAGGAUUCAACUGUCUGUAAAUAUGUGUAGAGCGGCCGCACAAAGAAUUGUUAUUCUGCCUUCAGUUCAUGAAAUGAGAAUUUUUUGAUAAGUUAUUGUUGUUUUCUGAACUCACCUUCUGCUAAUGGUGAAGUUUGUAUUUCACUGUGGAUAACGUAUACUCUGUGACUGAAUACUUGAUAUUUGCAGAGGCUGUGUGUGUGUUUUGUUAUCAGUUUGCCCUCAAAGUGUUUGUUCAAAGCAGAUUUAAUGGUGUAAAAAAUGUGAUUCAGUCAGAUGUUAAAGAGUUUGCGUUGUAAAUCAUCGUGACCAGCAAGACCUAACACAUGUAUCAUUUUUUACUUUUUUCAAACAUUUCUGUUUUUCUGUCACAGUUUUAGAUAAAAUUCUAAAAAC